AUGUCGUCCACAACUGCUGCUGCCUCGAACGGCGGAUCCAUACUGCUCGGCGGCGGUCACUCUACCACCAGCAGCACCAACUCCACCGUUGCCGCCAUGGUAGCGGCAGCGGCCGCCGCUGCCGCCGCAACACUGAACAGCAAGCGGCAUCCCCCCGCCGCAACGGUCGUUUCCUCAUCUCAGCUUCUCGUUUCGAACGGUGUGGGGAGUGGUAGCGGCGGUAGCAGCAGUGGCAUUGGAAGCACACUGCUUUUCAGCGGCAGUCACCAUCGGCGUCUUCCACUCAAUCCAUCAACGUACCAGCCGCCGCAGCAGCAAUCGACAGCAUCGGCCGCUACAGCGCACCACAUGACGGCGGCAAACGCGAUAGCGGCGGCGGUCGCCGCAGCAGCAGCGACCGUUGCCCAGCAACAGCGCCAGUAUCGUCAGCAGCACCAGCACGGCUACUCGACGACGGCCACGCUAGCCGCAUUAUUCCCGCCAAUGAGCAGCAAGCUGCUGCUGCCGAGCAGAAAGCAACACACAUCCAUCACAGAGCGCAGCAGCAGCGCAGUUCAUCCAUCCGCAUCGAAGCAAUCAGCGCUGGCAGUGAGAAACAGCACGGCCACAACCAGUGCCGAAACAGUGUCGACCUGUGGCGGCGGCAUCAGCAGCAGCAGCAACAUUCCAUCCGUUACGGUUGUGCCCUCCUUGUGCGGCGGCGAGGCGAUGAGGGGUAGUGAAACAACCGUGCGCACGCUAGUCGCAACCGUCGGGGCAACGAGCACGAUCGCCACGCUGGCCGCGCCGGUACCGUCGGCAAUGCUACUAUCGGCGUCUUCGUCCAACAGCAGCAGCAAUAGUAAUAGUAGUUGUAGUAGCAGUAAUAGUAGUAAUAACCAGAACGAUACCAUCGGUACGACUAAUCAUUCCCAUCGGGCUGCCGCCGAUGGUCUGUCUCCGUCCGCAUCAUCGUCGAAGGUCGAUGGUGGUGAGUUUAGCUCGUCAGUGUCGUCAACCGUGUUGAUGCCGUUGAUAACGGAACCGCAAAGCAAUGAACCCUACAUCAGCAAUAGUGGUGGAACCGGUGGCGAAGAUCUUUCACACGCAAGCGUACCUACUGCCGUUGAUGGCGAGACUGAUCCAGCAGCAGAAUCGUGUACGGAAACGGCAGUAGCAGCAACCACAUCGGCAGCAGCAGCAGCACCGCUCGCCGAGGACGGCACUGUUACGGUUGUCAAUGGUGCGGACGGGAUCGCACAACAUUUUACCAGUCGGGACGAGGAGUGCUCCAACUUCACCAUCACCGCCACCAGCAACAGCAGCCGCAAUGCUCUGAAGCACAAGCUAACUUUUGAUGACGAGGACGACGAGCGUGAACCGGCCGUACCGGCAAAAGUUCGAAUAUCGGAACAGGAGGAUGAUGAUGACGGUUGUGCAUGGGCGGCGACAAAAACCAUCCAAACGGACGUGGCUGGUGAUGGUGUUAUCAGCGAAAAGCUACAUCACGAGACAACUAAGAACUGUGGUGGUAGUGGGAUGCAUAAUACCAUCGGCGCGUGUACUACAAACGGUGCGAUCGAGGGACAAAGUCCACAAACCGAUGGUGGUUCACCCACGGAACGGUGCAACAAUAUUCCUUUAUAG